CAAGUCGUCUUCUCCUUCAGCGUUUAUCCACCUUUACGCAUUUAUCCAAAAGCGCUUUGGUGUUUGGGGUCUUUCUGGCCUCACAUUGUUCUUCUGUUGGAUUAUGUUUUGUUGGAGACUGUUUUUUUUUUGUUUUGUUUUUUUUACUUUCCAGUCUGAACCCUGCAGCACAUUUUGUUACUUUGUAAUUUAAUCAAAGUUCAUCUUUGUUUACAUACCAGCUUUCGUGUAUGCAGCAGCUGUGUUGGGAUUUUGAAGUAAACUGUUCACUUUGUUUUCACUAGAGUAACACAAGGGUCUGAAUAUUCUGGGGGAUUAUUGUGCAUUAGCGAAGAGGGCACCUCGUGAGUCGCGUUGCUGUGAAAAACGCGAACAAUCCUAUUGUGGAUGCACUGAACGUGUCCAAUAAGGAGCUUGGACUCGGUGGGCGGCGACAGAGUCCAAACCCCAAUAAAUUGUUCCCACACACAGGCGCGUUUCUCGAUGCAGAGCUUGAUCCCCUGCUCCCUUCCUGUUUUGUUUGGCUUGAGUGCUGCUGGAGAUGGAAACGAGCUGGGAAAAACUGCAAAAGAAACCCGUUCGCCUCAUUGCAGCAGCCUGCAACGACAUGGGGAUCGGGAAAGAUGGAAAACUGCCCUGGGAUUUACCGACUGAAUUCCAGUACUUUGUGAACACUGUCAAAACGGUAUCAAGACCAGGAAGGAUGAAUUUUAUGGUUUGGGGUAGACUCUGCUGGGACUCCCACCCUGAAUCUUUGUUUCCACUUCCCAAUAUUUUGCAUGUGGUGCUGAGUAAAACCCUGGACACGGUUCCUGAUCAUGCACACUUCCUGUGUCGAGACUUUGACAGUGCCAUCCGCCUGGCUGCAGAGCCCCCCCUCGCUGACUUAAUAGAAACCAUCUGGAUUGUUGGCGGAGUGCAGGUUUACAAGGAUGCAUUAAACCACCCUUGGUGUGACCUGCUUUACCUGACAGAUGUCAUGGCUGACUUUGACUGUGAUGUUUUCUUCCCAGAAUUUGACAAAAAUCUAUUUCAACUACAGGAAGGAUUUCCCCGUGUGCCAAGUGAAAUUCAAGAGGAGAAUGGCAUUAAGUUCAAAUACCAAGUAUUCAAGAGAGACACCGCUGACACUGUGUAGAAUACCUUUUUUAAGGAAAGAAAUGCCAAUGUCUUAAAAAAGACUUUUAGAAAUGUAGUCAAUGAAUAAUUCAAACAGUAUAAAUGUGACUUCUUGGUCUUUGCAGUCCGUAGCCACUGAACUGCUAUAAGUACAGACACUCCAAUAGUGCUGCAGUGCUUGCCGCUCUACUAUUUUACUUUUUUUAGUUUCUGCUCUUUUUUUAAGCUACUAUAAUCAGAUCUGGCAUGUCACUUUCUCCUAUUGCCCUGUCAUUUGGCAGUGUUCCUAUCUCGUCCUCCUACUCAGUCAUUUAAUGCAGCACAGAAAAUGUGCUUGGUUCAGUCAGCAGCCUGCAUCAAUGCCAGCCUCUGAUACUCCAGGUAUCACAGUAGAUCUCUUACCUUCUCAGUCAGCUUGACAGGUGCCUGUUUAGAAAGUGAUGAUUUAAUAACUCCACCUGUGUGCUUUCACAUUAUAGUACGUCUUAUUUAAAAUGUUACUGCUUAAAUCUGUGGUAGUUGGAAAUUGUGAGACUCAUAUUUGUUAAUACCGGCUCUUGCUGGGAUGUUUUUGAUGACAGAACCAUAAAUACAUGGUGAAUUUUUAAUGGAGAAAUAAUUGACACGUUUGUUUUUUUUCCCCCAGUUUUAAUUAAAUAUUUUACUCUUA